AUAUUUCCAAUGGGAUCGGGUAGCAGGAGCUGAUCGGGGCCGGGCCGGUGUCUGUCCGGUCGGGGGAUAAGGCAGUGUGUAUGUCAAAGAGCCGGGUCGGGUUAACCUGCCUGUGUGAGCCAGCGCUGCUGCAGGGUGGGACAUGCAAGCCAGCUGGACCAUGCCAGGCAGCUCCAAAGACGCCGGGCUGGAGUGAGCGCCUUGAACGGGGGAGAUCUACAGCUCGUCCGGGAGGAAGGAAGGAAGGAAGGAAGGAAGGAGGCUCGGGGAUCUGGAGAGGGGGUUCGGCUGAGGAGCCAUGGCCGAUGUCGGCACUUCCACCAUCACCACCAGGAUUAAAAAGCUGCUGCGCUCUCCCUCGCUCAAGCUGCGGAGGAGCAAACACCACGGCGCCGGCAAGAAUAUCACGGACAAGGUGACUUUGGAGAAGGUUCUGGGCAUUACGGUCUCUGGAAGCAGUGGGCUUGCAUGUGACCCGAAGACAGGAUUGGUGGCCUACCCUUCAGGGUGCGUGGUUGUGCUUUUUAAUCCGAAGAAGGCCAAGCAGCAUCACAUACUGAAUGGAUCAAGGAAAACCAUCACAGCAGUGGCCUUCUCUCCGGAUGGAAAGUAUCUGGUCACGGGAGAGAGUGGCCACAUGCCCGCUGUUCGGGUCUGGGAUGUCGUUGACAAGACCCAGGUGGCAGAGAUUCAGGAGCACAAGUACGGGGUGGCCUGUGUGGCUUUCUCACCCAAUGCCAAGUACAUCGUCUCCGUGGGAUACCAGCAUGACAUGAUCGUCAACGUUUGGGCUUGGAAGAAAAAUGUUGUUGUGGCAGCCAACAAGGUCUCGAGUAAAGUGACUGCCGUGUCCUUCUCCGAGGAUAGUAGUUACUUCGUCACUGCAGGCAACAGGCAUGUCAAGUUCUGGUAUCUAGAUGCGUCCAAAGCCUCAAAGGUGAAUGCCACUGUGCCGCUGCUGGGACGCUCGGGCUUGCUGGGUGAGCUGCGCAACAACUUCUUCAGCGACGUGGCCUGCGGGCGCGGCAGGAAGGCCGAGAACACCUUCUGCAUCACCAGCUCCGGCCUCCUGUGCGAGUUCAACGAGAAGAGGCUUCUGGACAAGUGGGUGGAGCUGAGGACCACGACGGCCAACUGCUUGUCGGUCAAUGAGGAUUUCAUCUUCUGUGGCUGUGCGGAUGGGACAGUGCGGCUUUUCAAUCCGGCCAACCUUCACUUCAUUGCCACCAUGCCUCGGCCCCACCAUCUGGGCAUGGACAUCGCAGCUGCCACGGAACCAAGCCACCUGUUCACAAACAGAGCAGAUGCCAAGUAUCCAGAUACCACCGCGCUCACGUUCGACCCCGCAAACCGCUGGCUAUCGUGUGUGUACAACGACCACAGUCUGUACGUGUGGGACGUGAAAGAUUUUAAGAAAGUUGGGAAAGUCUACUCUGCUCUCUACCAUGCAUCCUGUGUCUGGAAUGUUGAGGUUUACCCAGAGGUUGAGGAUAGCAAUCGUGCAUGCUUACCACCAUGCUCCUUCAUCACCUGCUCAUCUGACAACACCCUCCGAGUGUGGAACACCGAGACCUCCAGCACCCACGGAACAUCACUGCAUCGGAACAUGAUAAGCAACGAUUUGCUGAAGAUUCUCUACAUGGACUCCAACACGCUGACUUUGCUAGAUGUGGAGAACAGUUCUGUGGGCGGUUCGGAUAAACAGGACUCCCAAGCCACUGAUCUGAAGACAGGGAUCAGGACAUUGUGCGUGAGUCCUGAUGGACAGCACAUGGCAUCUGGUGACCGGGCGGGGACCCUGAGAGUCCAUGAUCUCCAGCAGCUCAGAGAGCUCCUUCAAGUCGAGGCUCACGACUCUGAGAUUCUGUGUCUUGAAUAUUCCAAACCUGAAACUGGCAUGAAGCUAUUGGCAACCGCUAGCCGGGACCGACUGAUCCAUGUGUUGGAUGUGGAAAACGACUACAGCUUGCUCCAGACCUUGGAUGAACAUUCGUCCUCCAUCACAGCCGUCAAGUUUACAGCUAAUGGCGGGAGCGUCAGGAUGAUCACCUGCGGUGCAGACAAGAGCAUUUACUUCCGGACAGCACAGAAGACUAGCGAAGGCACUCAGUUCACCCGAACUCACCAUGUGGUUCGAAAGACGACUUUGUAUGACAUGGAUGUGGAUUCUACGCGGAAGUACGCUGCCGUUGGAUGCCAGGACAGGAGCAUUCGAAUAUUUAACAUUAGCAAUGGGAAACAGAAGAAGCUCUACAAGGGAUCUCAAGGAGAAGAUGGAACGCUGAUUAAGGUUCAGAUUGAUCCGUCCGGCCUGUAUAUUGCAACCAGCUGCUCUGAUAAGAAUCUCUCCAUCUUUGACUUCUAUUCAGGCGAGUGUGUUGCAACCAUGUUUGGACACUCAGAGGUUGUGACAGGAAUGAAGUUCACCAAUGACUGUAAACAUCUGAUCUCCGUGUCAGGGGACAGCUGUAUCUUCAUCUGGCGGCUAAGCUCAGAACUGACAAUUAACAUGAGGCAGAGACUGGCCGAGACCAAGCAGAAAGAUAAAAAGCAAACCAAGACCCCCCCACGGAAACAUUCCACCCCGAGCAGGCAGGCAACGUUCGAUGCUGCUGCCCAGACUGCCAUGUCCUCUGAUAGUGAGAAGGAAGCCGAAGAGGAUGUAAAUGAGGAUGAAGAUGGUCAUAGCGAAGGCACAAAGCACGGUUCCCCCAAACGAGGCAUCGCAGGUGAAGGGAAUGAUAUCUCCACAGGCAAGCAAUACAAUGGGAGUGUGAGGAGUCUGUACCACUGGGACAAUGGGAAGACAGAUGACGUGUCGAAGGGACUGGAUUCAGUCAUCGAUCAUGCCCCCCGUCCCCGGGGCCGUUGGUCUCACCGUAUGAACAACCUGGACCUGAGCGUGAAGUCGAUGCUCGACCUGCGACACCUGGACUCCUUCUCCCACUCCCCGCCCAUGGACUCCAUCUCGCAGGCCAGUGCCCUGCUGCCCAGGGCCAGCGUGAGCAGCGCACCCACUGAACAAGAGCACAGGCUGAGGGUCAGCAUAGAAACACUGCUGAGCGAUAUUGAGGAGCAAGAGUUUGCGCACAAUCAAAGCUCUUCCUUUGUCGCGCCCAGCAGCACCACGCUGCCAUUGUGUGAGGAUGGAAUAUUCACCCAGGAGCUGGAGACACCUGAGGUUGAAGAGUGUGUCAUUUAUCCAGUACACACUGAGAGUGCUGUCGAGGCUGAGAGCGAGUACCAGGUGAAGGAGCUGCAGAAGGGGAUGCAGGAGAAGGGUUACGUCCACAGCCUGGUGGAGAAACAGAGCCCGGACAGCGCCUGUUCCCUGGAUUAUUCCAGCAGCCACUUCUCCAGCCCGGAACAUCCACAUGAAGAUUCUGAAUGUACGGAGCCUCUGAGUGUGGAUGGGAUCUCCUCCGACAUGGAAGAGGAAGAGGAUGAGCUCAGCAGGAACUUCCAACGGGACACAAUUGUGCCCAGAACCCCGGAUCAGGAAAAGUUCCUGAAGCAGUAUUUCGGGACCCUGGCUGAUGAGGGUGUUGGAGUGAAAGCAGACAACCAGCUGGAGAACCCAAAGUCAACAUCCAUGAGAGACACCGAAGAGCUGCUAAACCCUCGGCUCAGCAUUUCUGCGAGGUUCCUCUCUCGAUCAUUAACAUCCAGUUUCAGGAAUUCACCAACACAUACCUCCAGGUUCCUCCAGAAUGGCGAGUUGGGAGCCGGUUACUUGACAUUUCCUACUUCGGCGUUGGACGAGGCGGAUAUCUACACAGUGCAGAGUGAGAGCGGCAAGCUUCAGCUCCAGAGACAAGAGGAAGCAGUAAAAUAUCAAAAUGAUGAUCAGAAACAGCCAGAUGAACUCGUGGCAAAACUGUUUUCAGUGUUGAACUCGGCCCCAGAUAACCCCGCAGCGAAAGCCUCACCCAGAACGGAAUGCAGUGUUGUUCCUGCAAAUGCCCGAACGACGCACACCCAGAGGAAACGAAGCCUGGCUCUGGAGACGCGGAAAGUGUUGGCGGCACCAGUGAAAGGACAGUCGUCCUCAGCAAUCCCCAGUCCGGUCGUCUCCCCUAGUCCGUCCAUCCGAAAAUCCCAAUCCGUCCACGACUUGAUUCACGAAGUUUACGUGAUGAGUGGGACAUCUGCGGUCACUUCUGCGAAGGUGCACUCUCAUUCAUCGACCCUUCCUGACAAGGACACCAGGGUCAACCAGCGACGGACCCUGCCUCCUGCUGCCAUCAAGGUGGAUGUCCCAUCGCCAUUACUGGCAAAGGAGAGCGGGCAAGGAAAGAGCGCGAAACAGAAGUCUUACAUGAACCCGACUACCAGCUCCAUGGCCAAAAUGUCCCGCAGUGUUUCAAUGGGAGACGGCUUGAACUUCGCCGGGAAUGGUGAGGAUACGUCCGUUGUGGAGAGCGGGGCUGACGGACAACCUCUGGAGUUGUCACCCAGGACUUCGCCUUCGGUAAACGUGGAUGUCGAGAGCGAGAUCUCUCACAGACAGGAGGCGACGAGGCAGAUCUGGAGGGAGUCCGUGGGCUCCAAGCCACUGCUCCAGCAGCCCACAAGCUCAGCAAUUUCCCCGACUAAUAACUCUCAACCUAAAUUAAUUCUUGGCACACGGGCUAACUUGUUCCUCGAUCUCCCCAAAUCACUGCCUGACAGACCUUCCUGGACUUCCUUCUCAUCACCGAUCAAAUCGAAGACUCCCUGCAUCACUGAGCCCUUCACAUUGCCGGAUUUAUCAGGAGGAACAAAAUGGAGGUCCCUCCUGGCCGAUGGGUCCGACACACAUAGAGACAUAAUGGAGAGAAAGGGGGACAGUGCGUGUACACCCGGGCAGGAGGCAGCCACUCCGUCAACACCACAGCCCUCCUCCGCACAAGGUCCACAUGAGCCGCAAGUGGGGACGUCCGUUAAAUCUCCCCGUCAGCCGGCCUCUUCCCUUUGUCCUUCUGCACCCAGGUGUGGCAGGCUGCAGAAAGAAGCCUUGGAUGCUUCACUCAAAUAUCCAGCAACAAGUAGCCAGGCAGUGGCUGCAGCCAUAACAGCAACCAUUCCUUCAUUGACUGAGAAGACCUUUGCAAAGGAGCCAGGUUCAGCAGUCAGUUUUCAGAGCUGUAAAUGCCUCGUGAAUGAGCUGCAGAGUUGUCUACAGCGAGCCCUGAACCUGUACCGUAUGGUGACCAGUGACAAAGACCCCUCGGCCGAGAGCUCCCAGAUCAGAGCCGUUCUCUAUGAAACAUUUUCCUCUGUGAGGAAGGAACUGGACUGUCUCCAGCAGCCAGCAACAGGCCCUGAGCUAUCUGCCCAAGGGCCAGGCCAGAGGUCGAGGCAGGCCGGCCGGCCACCAGCGGGGGAGGAGGGCUUUGAAGACGAGAAGACGCUGGCUCUGCUGGAGCAGUACUCGGAGCGCCUACUGCAGGCCGUGGAGCGAAGGAUGGACCUGAAGCAGCCGGCAGGAAGGGGGGAUUCAGGACCGUAAAGCACAGAGUGCAGCAGUUGGCCUGUUCCCCGACCCUCCCCACCCCCACCAAAAACACACAACCCAAAAACAAUCCUUCCACUGCACCGGCCUUCCUGCUGUGGCUGAUCCACAAAGCACAUGCUCCGCUGGCCACUGGACAUCUUUAUGGCCAUCCUUCCUGCUUUGAUCUCCUGAUUUGUCCUGUAGGUUUCCUACCCUGGCCUUGCAGGAGGUAUGAGGCAGAGAUAGCGGCCCCUCUGUCUCGGCUUCCAUUGGCAGACAGUUGGAGAGUGAUGGGAGGAGGUCUCGGCCUUGAGUUCUGGUGAUCUUUGUGCACGUGGGAGAUCGUUUUGAUUUCAGCCCAGUGAAAGUGAACAGCAAUGGCGUGCUCCACUGCUGUGGGAAAACUGAAACAGAACUGUCCUGAUGUGGGUCGUAGAUGGUUUGCUUGAGCCCUGAGUUCAGAUCCAAGGGUUCUGUGCUGUUUGUUCCUCUCUUUUCCCCCCCCUUCCCCAUUGGAUCCUGACUGCUCUUGUGUCUAUCUCUCCCCUGCCCUCACUUCCAAUCCUCUCGCAUCCCCAGAAUUUCCCUUAUGUUGUCCUUCUCUCUCCAUUCCUCUAACUCCUCAGCUGGAGCAUCAGUCUGGAACAGUCAUUGCAGUUGGUCAAACUAGAACCUACAGAAUGGACCCUGAAAUGGAUGGGUCCAAGACUUUAACACUCAAACUGAUGGAAACCACCGGCACUUUGUUGACAUUCCCUUGGUGGGGGGAAGGAAGCCUACGAGGCAUUCUGCGCUUGACAUUUUCCUUACAACCCAUGACGAACACGCACAUUCCUGCUGAGCAGACAGUCUUCCUCACCUACACUUCCCCCAUUCCCCGGUGGCUGUGAGAACAAUGGAUUGAGCUUGUGACAGUGAUGUCUUGUUUAACAAAGCACUGAUUUUAUUUGUAGAAACACCUUGCUGCAAUGAGAAUGAAACUAGUGUGUGGUCAUGCGAGGUUCCUAGCCAGGGGCAGAACAUGCUGGGACAAUCCCAUCCACUGUUUGCUCUGGGAAGCAAGCUGAUUAGUCAUUCCACCUUUCCUACCAAUAUGCCCUGAAUAGAAUCCACCCCCCCCCCUCCCCUCACCAUGAGCUUCCACCCUCCCUGACACUGGAUUUUUUGCUCCAUCACAUGCCUCAUGAAUUGAUUCCCCCUCAAGUUCACCAUUCCUGAAUUCACUGCCAAAUCUUUCCCUUAAUUCACCCACCUCCACAAUCCCCUGAAUUCACCCACCUCCACAAUCCCCUGAAUUUACCCUCCUCCACAAUCCCCUAAAUUCACCCACCUCCACAAUACCUUGAAUUCACCCACCUCCACAAUCCCCUGAAUUUACCCUCCUCCAGAAUCCCCUGAAUUCACCCACAAUACCCUGAAUUCACCCACCUCCACAAUCCCCUGAAUUCACCCUCCUCCACAAUCCCCUGAAUUUACCCACCUCCAGAAUCCCCUGAAAACCCUCCACAAUCUCCUGAAUUCACCCACCACAAUCCCCUGAAUUCAUCCUCCACAAUCCCCUGAAUUCACCCCCAUCCACAAUCCCCUGAAUUCACCCUCAUCCACAAUCCCCUGAAUUCAUCCUCCUCCACAAUCCCCUAAUCUCCAUCUGGCUGAAUCACAUUGAACAAAGUGAAUUCAGUACAAGAUUAACAAUACCAAUGCCACUUGAUAUCCCGUUGGAUACUACAGAAGAAUGGGUAACUGCGGGAGUGUGAUGGACGUUGACUUGCUCAAUGGAGUAUUAAGACACAGCAGACUAAUGGCAUUGUCUGAAUUGGCUUUGCAGCUCCUCUAGGAUCUGCUUUUUAUAAAUCUAGAGUGUAGGCCAGGGGAAGAACUCUUAAACCCUGGAUAGAAACCCCAGAUUAUGGACCAGAACUUAGAAACUCUGGAUGGGAAUGUAAAACUGGACAGGAACUUUAUGUUGUGGAUGGGAACUCUCAAAUCCUGGACAUGUACAUUGAGUGUGUACAGAAAGUCUCCAGGACUGAACCAUGGACUAUGGACAGGAA